AUGAUCAUCACAGCAUACACAGUACUAAUUCUAUCUCUGUAUCUUGGAGCAGCCCAUGCAGAGGUGUGCUAUGACAGAAGAUCAAAUAUACUACAAGGUAAGACUGAUGAAAUAUAUUUAGACAGCGCCAAUUUUAGAAACUGGCCGAGGGAUGAGAAUGGAGUGCAGAACAUUGACAACACCUGCCCGAUUGGAUUCACCUGCCUUGCAAACAGAGAUACAAAGCCUUCAAAAAAAAGAAAAAAUAAAAAGGCAAGAAAACCCCGAAGAAAACCAAUAAAAAACAUUAAGCUCAAGUCUCGCCGGUUCAAGCGUGACGACUUUAUAGACGAGGGAUGCCUUGGCCUGGAAAAAUAUGAGGAGGUUGGACUGCAGUCUGCGUUUAACAAUCUGUAUAUGGGAGCAUGUAAAGAUUGCAUAGGGAAAGAUGCCGCGAAAUACAAAACGCUAGCCAUGGUGUAUACCACAUUCAACAACGAUGAGGCGAAAUGGAAGUUCAUCGCAUUGAACGGCAAGUGCACAAUAAAAAACGUGCACACUGGGAUGUAUAUGAGCAAAUGUGACAACUGCGCGCCCAUGGUAUUUAAUACUCCUAUGGUGGCUCUUUUCAGAGAAGAAAUAGACGAUAAUACAAAUGAUGAGGUAUGGACUGUGACAAGAAAGGUAGAUGGUGACUACGUGUUUCAGUCCGCCAGCAAUGGAGGAUAUUUAGGAGUCUGCACGGACUGUCUUUCUGAAAAAACUACGAUGACCCUGCCUGCUGCAACAUUGAAUACUGUUCAUGAUUCACCCUCUGUUGCAUGGUCUGUAAGAAUAGAUGAAGAAACUGAAUCAUAUGCCUAA